AUGGCUCAUAAUUAUGAUAGCGAUAUGUAGAAUAUAGACCCAGCUACGAAGAGGAGAAAAUAAACCAGAGUGAGAAGAUAACUAGUAAACAAGACUUUACAUGAGGAAAGCGAAGAAAAUUAAAUGAUUGAGGUGCAAUAGAAGGUAACGAAAAAAUAUCAAAAUUACUUACAUUCUAUUCAAAAAAUGGGAGAGUUCGAUUGGACAGAUAUUGAGAACACAAACAAUACGAAGGUUAUUUAUCCAAUACAAUUUUUGCAGGCUUCCACUUUACAAUUUAUGAUUGCAGCUAUGUAUUUCAAUUGUGAUCAUGACUAUCUUGAACAUAACCUUUAAGAAGUUCAAAAAUUGCUUAAGAAAACUGAAUAACCCAAUGGUACUUCAUGUUAAGAUGAUUGUAAAAAAUAGAAAAAUAAAAAAGGGUAUGAUGUGAAUGAUGAUAUAUUCAUUUUAGAGAUGAGACAAUUAAGAAUUUAGGAUUUAGAUGAUAUUAUUCUCAACUAAGAAUUAGAAUUGGAAAAAAUUUAAAGGGAAAAUGAAAAAGCACUCCAAAACUUUUUAGCACUUGAUAUACCCCAACUAAAACCCCCCAUUAAAACUGACUAAUCUAAUAACCUAUUAAGGGAUAUUUCUGGUCUAACAGAAUACGAAAAACAAUAUAUUGAAAAAAUUGAGCUCAAAAUCUAGACAGAAGGAUAAAAUAUUAUUACUUAAGAAACAGGCAAAAAGACGUAAGGAGGAGGAAUUCACUUAUCGCCAAUUUUAGAUGAUGCCCUUUGUUAAGUUUGUAAUGAUGGAGACUAUACAGACGAUAAUCUAAUAGUGUUCUGUUCCAAAUGCAAUAUAUCAGUCCAUUAGAAGUGUUAUUUAAUAGAAGUGAUACCGAAUGAAGAUUGGAUAUGUGAUGUGUGUUAGACUUUUGGACCCAACGGAUAAUAUUUGCGUUGUGCUUUAUGUCCAAAACUAGGGGGAGCUAUGAAGGCAACCCAAAUCGAUGCAUCAAGCUUUGAACAUUUAAAUUAAACCUAUUUUGAGUCUUAAGGGGAAACUAUGAUGAAAAAUGAUCUAGUUUCUAAAUUAUUUCAAUAAAUAGAUGAUGAUUAAGAACUGUAUUAUGAUUUUAGUAAAAUACCAAACAGAGAUAUUAGGGAUCUUGAGAACAAUAAGGACAUCAAAGAACCUUAACCACAAAAGGUCUGGAUUCAUUUAUCCUGUUUUUAUUGGUCUCCUGAAUGUUUUUUAGAUGAAAAGUAAGACAUAUUAAGAGGAGUUGAUAACAUUAAUCAAAAGAGAUUUAUUCUUAAUUGUAGUUUAUGCAAUAUCAAGAAGGCUGGGAUGUGCAUCUAAUGUGCUAGAGGCAAUUGUUAAACAGGAUUUCAUGUUGAAUGUGCCAGACGAUCAGGAAUAUUCUUAACCCAAACUAUUGUUAAUACUAAAACCGAUUAUCAGAUAUUUUGUUAAAAACAUGUGCCACUCAAGGUCAAACGAAUAUUGGAAUCAAAAUAAAGAUUAUAUGAAAGAGAAAUCAUCGAUUUUUUUAGAGCAUAUGAAAAAUGCAAAUCUGUCCAAAAAAAGUCUCAAUAAAGAGUUAAAAAAACAAAAAAUUCCAAGGAAGCUCAAUUAAAACUCGAAAUGCAGGAAUAUUAAGAAAAUGAAUUUGAUUUAGUAGACUUUGCAACUAAAUUAAAGGAAUUCAUAGACUAGAUUUUAGAUUAAAAAAUGGUUGUAAAUCUGAGAACUGAAUAGGGCAAAUAUGUUUUUGAGUCUGUAUCAGAACCCUAAUUGAAAUAAUAAAAAUAGUAUCACCUAACUAAACUACCAGAAGUAUAUUAAAGUAAGGUUGAUUAGAAUGGCUAAAUAAUUACAUAAUUUUAUAAAAGUACUAUUACUGCAACUGAUGAGUUAUGGAAGUUUUUCAAAUAUAGAGAUUACGAGAAGGAUAUCAUUUAUAAAAUGUAUGAAAAGUUGAGAAGAAGAGCAAGUAAAUUCAUGUAAGAAUUAAAUCCACAAAAAAAGCAAGCAAAACUAAUAGAUAUGCUAAUGUUAAAGAAAUUUAAAAAAAGUAAGAAAGUUGAUUAGAAAAAGGAAAUAAUUAUUGAAUUAGUGGGGGAUGAAUAUUAUUAAAGAGAUGACAAUUUAUAUUGUGUUUGUCGAGGCAAAUUUAAAGAUGGAGAUCCAAUGAUAUGUUGUGAAUCCUGUGAGGAGUGGUUUCAUUUUGAUUGUCUAGAUAUCAUAAUUCCGAAUGAAGAAAUUAGUAAAAUCAAUUUCUACUGUUUUCUAUGCAUAGAUGAUUUGCCCAAAGAAAAGUAGGUUGAAAUAUAUAAUGGUUAUGCGAAUGUAUUUAAGGAUGCCUCAUUUAAACUAUAAAGAGAAUUAGCAGAUAAAUGCUCAUUAAAUGAAUCUCGAAAAAUUAGAAUGAAUGAAUUGAAACAGUCUGGAUUGAUUGAAGAAAACAAUAAACUCAUAUAAGAGAGUCCAGAAUAAGAAUAAAAAUUAGAACAAAUAUAAUUUGAGGAUCAAAUUGAUAAAUAAAAUUAUGCUCAUUUAGAAUUCCCAAAUCAUUACAAUGCUAAAAAAUUAAAAAAAGAAAUUACUUCCAAAGACAAUAAUUGUAUAUAAAUUGAAACUCAAAAUGAAGGAACAGAAAAAAAUAAAAAAAACGAUGAACAUGUGAAAACUCCAAGUAAAACAGAAUCAGUCGAAGAUCCGGAUAAUAAAUUAGAAGUCCCAGAUACUCAAGAAAAACUAAAUAGUACACAGAAUUCAAAAACUAUACAAGACUAUCUACCGAAAGAGUGAUUCUAAUAUAUUUUCACAUUAUUAUUAUAGUAAAUUGUCACUAA